AGUAUGCUCAAUUGAUAGCCCCCAAGCUCCACCAGCAUACUAUAACAGCUCAGUCCCCACACCAUUAUUACCCUCUACCAGUCUCUCCAACCCCUUCUUACCCGAUUUCAUAAAAUCCACAAUGCAAGAUCCAUUCCAAUACAACAUCCCGCAAAUGGCACCUUCCUCCAAACCCCCUUCCCCAGGGCCCUCCCACCGCAAAACCUUCAUCUACGUCCUCCUCUCCUCGCUUACCGCCGGCCUCGCCACCCUCAUGUUCAUCACCGAAAUCGUAGCCCUGAACCUCCUCAGCGUCAACACCAAAAGCGAUCUCAUCAUCCUCCCUCGCACCGGCCAAUUCGCAUCCGUCCCUCCCUCUAGGUACGACAGUGACAAGGAUAGGAUUUACCUGGGCGUCGACAUCGACCGCUCCACUUCGAACUUCAUCAUCGCUGUGUCCUGGAUCUCGGGUACGCUUGCUAUCGUCGUUGCGAUUGCGUUCAGGGAAUGUGGAGGGCGGGCGUAUGGAGAAGCGAAAGAAGGACGGGAAAGGAUUUGGGCGGGGGUUAGGGUCGGCGCCGCACUAGGCAACGUGAUUACCGCUGCCGCUGGCGUGGUCUUUGUGUUCUUGAAGCAGAGCGGGGAGGGUAAGCGUUUGAAGAUAGUCCCAACUAUCUUCGAUGGGUGGCAUUAUGCGCGGGCGACGAGGGAGACGUGGUUGUGUGGGCUGAGGGAUUUGGAUGGGUUUGACAGGAGCUUUGCAAGGAUAGGUUGUGGGUUUGCGACGGCGGCCAGGUGGGAGCUUGUUCCGUUGUCGGCGCUGUCGAUUGUCCUGGUGGUGUUGUGCUUUUUGGUGAUGUGGAGGAAGACUUAGAAUGGUUCUUCCACUGCCUGCCUCCCAGCAUCGAGGAGUCUGUAAUCUGCCGUAUUUAGCGAAUUAGGACGUGGAAGCGACCAGGUGUUUCUGGGACAAGUUUCUCGAAAUUUGUCUCUGGAAGACUAGGUUAGGUAUUAUAUUAUGGAGUAUCAGGGUAUCACUUCUUCAUCAUCUAUAUGUCGGUUCCGUGGGCGU